CAAACGCGUAGUUGUACUUUUGGGCCAAUCGUCACUUCAAACGCUUUUUCACAAAUGUCCAUCGAUCCCAAUUCAGCUGUGUACGCCACCGAUGAAUACGGCAGACCUUUCAUCAUUGUCAGAGAGAGCCAGAGGAAGUCGAGAUUGAGCGGCAUUGAUGCUAUCCGCUCCCACAUCCUCGCUGCCAAGACCGUUUCCAACAUCAUCAAAACUUCCCUUGGACCAAGAGGUCUUGACAAGAUCUUGAUUUCUCCAGAUGGCGACAUCACAGUCACCAACGACGGUGCUACUAUCUUGGAUCAGAUGGCGGUUGAACAUCAGAUCGCCAAAUUGCUAGUUCAGCUGUCAAAAUCUCAAGACGAUGAGAUCGGUGAUGGUACUACUGGUGUAGUUGUUCUCGCCGGUGCUUUGCUUGAACAGUGCGAAGAGUUGUUGGACCGCGGUAUCCAUCCCAUCCGUAUUGCCGACGGUUUCGAACGUGCUUGCGCCGUUGCUGUUGAACAUCUCGACAGCAUCUCCGAUACCAUUGAAUUUUCAAAAGAGAAUGUUGAGAACUUGUACAAAACGGCACGAACCAGUUUGGGCAGCAAGAUCGUCUCCAAGUGCCACGAUCAAUUUGCCAACAUUGCCGUUGACGCUGUCUUGUCAGUUGCCGAUUUGGAACGCAAGGACGUUGACUUUGAGUUGAUCAAGGUUGAUGGAAAGGUUGGCGGCUCUUUGGUCGACACUGCCCUGGUUCAAGGUGUUGUCAUCGACAAGGAUAUGUCCCAUCCCCAGAUGCCUCGCGAGAUCCAAGAUGCCAAGAUUGCUAUUCUCACAUGUCCCUUCGAGCCACCGAAGCCCAAGACCAAGCAUAAGCUUGAUAUCACAUCCGUCGAAGAGUACAAGAAAUUACAAGAAUACGAACGCGCCAAGUUCCAAGAAAUGAUCAAGCAGGUCAAGGACACUGGAGCCACUCUUGUUAUUUGCCAAUGGGGUUUCGAUGACGAGGCUAACCACUUGUUGUUGCAAAAUGAACUCCCUGCUGUUCGAUGGGUUGGAGGUCCCGAAAUCGAAUUGAUUGCCAUUGCCACCAACGGUAGAAUCGUUCCCCGUUUCGAGGAUCUUACCCCCCAGAAGCUCGGUAAGGCUGGUCUUGUGAGAGAAUUGUCCUUUGGUACUACCAAGGACAGAAUGUUGGUCAUUGAGCAGUGCGCCAACUCUAGAGCCGUUACUGUCUUUGUCCGAGGUGGUAACAAGAUGAUCAUUGAUGAAGCCAAGCGUUCUCUUCACGAUGCUAUCUGCGCCGUCAGAAACCUUGUCCGUGAUAACCGUGUUGUCUAUGGUGGAGGUGCUGCUGAAAUCAGCUGCUCUCUUGCCGUUUCCAAAGCUGCUGACGAGGUCUCCACUAUUGAACAAUAUGCUAUGCGUGGUUUCGCAGAUGCUCUUGAUGCUACCCCUCUUGCUCUUUCUGAGAACUCUGGUCUAUCCCCCAUUGAGACCCUGGCUGAAGUCAAGGCCCAACAAGCCACCACUGGAAACUCUCGACUUGGUAUUGACUGCUUGUAUGUCGGUUCAAAUGAUAUGAAGGAACAGCAUGUGUAUGAUCCUCUUAUUUCUAAGCGCCAGCAAUUCUUGCUCGCCACUCAACUGGUCAAGAUGAUUCUCAAGAUUGAUGACUGUAUCGUUUCUGGAGCACCUGAUGCAGAGUAAGAGAGAGACCCCCCACAAAAAGGAAUGGGCUCCCCGUUGUUUGUACAGUCAAGCCAAGCCUUUAAAAUCAAAAACUUAGUAUAACAAUCGCACCCUCAACCCCUUUGACCUCCAAAGAAGAUUCCCUUCUUUUGAAACAAACCAAACCAAAAAAAAAAAAAACCUCUUUAUACAUUCGAAUGAAACCCCCAAAAAGAAAGUACAGACUUUUGCUAUCCUUAGACGCUCACUUCUUUACAUAUAAAAAAAAAUGUCAGAUUCAGUCUGAUCUUUACCAAUACGCCUUUUGAGAAUUUUCCUGUGAUUGCCCGC